AUAUCUUGUGAGUUGUGACAUGGUCAAUUGUCGAGGUGACACACUCAUUAUUAAAUGUCAAUGUUGAUAACUAGAACGCCUGGUGUUCUAUGUCUUCCAGAGCGUAACGAUAUUAAUAAAUCAUUGUUGAUCAAAAAUAAAAUACCAAGUGAGAAAAACUUGAUGGCCGCGAAGAAUUGUUCUCCUACGUAUAUUAAUAUCUACAUUUUCAAAAGAGUGGUUUAAUUUUUAUUGUGGGUAUAUUUACAAAAGGGAAAGAGAGAGAGAGAGAUUAUAGUAGGAAAAAUAUUUUUAAAAAUAAAAAAACAUAUAUACAUAUAUUAAAAUGAAUAAAAUAGAAUUGAAUUGAUUAAAAUAGAAGUGAGGAAGGAGAUCAUAUUGUGUUUGUAAUGGUUGGGUGUGUCACAAAGUUGUUUGCUGGGGGGUUUUACAGAUUGAUGCGAAUCUCUAUAAAUUGAACGAUACUUUUCUGUAUAAAGUCAUGCAGACACAGAAGCUGUGACAAUUAUCAUCAAUAUUAAUAAGUGUGUGAUAUUAUUAAAACUUCAAUUCAACAUGAUUAGUUUCGGUGUAUUGAUUGCCUGUAUGGUUGGUAUUGCCAUGGCUUCACCAUCGUGGUAUGGUGCACCAAGUGCAUACGGUGGUGGUGCACCUCUUGGACCAGAUGGCAGAGUAGUUGAUGAACCAGCUGUUGCCCAAGCAAAACAAGCACAUUUGGCACAAGUUCAAUUGGCAGCAUCACGUGCCGCAGCUCCAGUAUAUCCAAGUGCAUAUGGUGCUCCACAAGGACCAUCAUAUGGACCUGGACCAGCUUAUGCACCAGCUGCUGCACAUGGACCACCAGCACCUUUGGGACCUGAUGGACGUGUUGUUGAUACUCCAGAAGUUCAAGCUGCAAAAGCUCAUCACUUUGCUCUUUUCAAUGCUGCUGCACAACAUGCACCUGCUGGACCAGCUGGACCAGUUGUUGCACCAUAUCAAGCACAACAUGCUGAUUACAAUGAUGGUUCUUACAAUCCAGCUUGGGAUGCACCAGCAUAUAACAACUAUUAAAUAUCCACAAAUAUAUGAGGAUUAACAGAAAAACAAAAUUAAAAUUUGACGCCACAUAUGACUUGAUCUCUCAUACUCAUUGUUAUAUAUAUAUACUGUUAUUGGUAAAUAAUGUUUUGUAAAUUUUUAUACAUAUUUUUUUUUUAAUUAUCAAUUGACUAUUGUAAGACUAGGACGCGACUCUACCUCAUGGGACUCUCAACCCAACUAGCCAUAUUAUUCUUGGUGUUUUUUUUUUAAUUUUUUACAUGAGCGCAAAAAAAUCAUUGAUGUCAAAAUUUAUUGUUUUAUAAAAUUAAAAUUUUUUUUUUACAACAUAA